UGGAUUUUCAAGUGUAGUAGGCUGAUUCAAGCGUAUUUUAUAUUUUGACGUAUUAUUCAACAAAGCCAACAAACAUUACAAAAAAUGAUUCCGUGUGUUGUUCCGCCUCUCAAGUAUAAAUGGACCAAGGCAUAUUUGCUGCGACCCAUUGAUAACAUCAUAUCACAUCCUGAUGCAUUGCGUAAACGUCCGUUCAGACCUUCGUUUGAAUCGCAUGGUGCUCCCUCUCUGCCGUGUUUGCUCCGUUACGAUUAUUUCCGCAUCUGGAAGUACGAACAUUCCAACUUUCAAGCAUGCAAGUGUGCAAUGGCCAAAGCGCCGAAGAAGAAAUACUCGCCAUACCGUAAGAAACCUAUCCGAGGAACGUAUUGUGGGACAGGAUGUGGUCAGAAAGCAGCACAAAAGCCCCGUUUUAUCAUGAAGAAGUUUUGUUCGGUUGCCUGCAAGGUGGACUGCCAUCGGCCGCAGAUUCCUAUACUAGCAGCAGGGUGUUGUUAACACUGUGACUAUUCAACAGAAAUACAAGCUUGAUGUCGUUGCUGAAUAAAAUUAUAUGUAUUUAACAUGGAUAUACAAGAGAUCCAUAUUUCUGAGUACCAAGUUUUACUUGCACAUUGAA